AUGCCCCGUCAACAAGAUAUCAGUCAGACAUCUGAGCCUAUUAGCAGUUUCAGUCCGGGUUGCGCACGUGCUCUGACAACUCCAACCCCAAUCCCUGGCUUAGAACUCAAUCCAGUCGUCUUUAAAAUCAAAGAGGAUGAAAUGAAUGACAAGAAGGCCAGCGGAGACACUGCUUCUGGCUCUGGUCAACACAAUUUCCCCAGAAACCACUCCUCUGGUCCAAUUGGCAUGAGCAGGAUCCAACAGAGUCUUUUGCAAAAUGGUGGCCAGAAUCCAAGUCAAAAUCAAUCCAGCAGUGGUCCCAUCACGCCAACACCGCCAACCAAUUCUUCUUCUACUCAAGUAGUUAGCAAACAACCUAAACCGAUGCCUGCCCCCAAACGGGCUCAGAUACUGUUCAAGAAGAUCAAGCUUGAGGAUCCCAAGCUGAAGAAACCAGUGGUUAAGAAAUUGAUGUUGACACAGCUGUUGACAGCCCAGUCAGCAUCCUCAUCCAGCAACAAUCCAUACAAAUGUUUCUAUGCAUUUCUGGCGAGUAAGGAACGGAAUGCACUAAAGAUCUUGCUGUAUUAUCCGUUCUCAAAGGAGCCAAGCAAGCCAAUCAAGAUCUUGAUGAAGGCCAAUGUCUGUGUGGAAGAAGUGGUGGGAUUUUCACUCUGGAACUAUGUUGAAGAGAAAUGUGAGCCCAAGUUGGGCGAGAUUAAGAACUGUCCGGAUGGCUUGGAUCUUCACGAAAUGUUUGCCUGGUGCUUGAGGUUGGUCGAGGAUGAUGGCAAGGUUGAUGAAGACUUCCACGCUCUUGAUUGUACUAUACCUUCUGCUAAAGUUGGUAGUAAUGAGUUUGCUAUGGUGAUGGCAACUGAAGCACAAGGGUAA